GCUCGAGGCCCAGCUCGGCGUCGGGAGCCCGCUCUGUGUGGCCGCUGCCGCCAUGUUGUUGUGGUUGUGAGAAGGCGGCAGCGGCAACAGAGGAGCAGCCGGAUAAGACAGUUCAGCGGCCUAGGCGCUGCCCCCCCCCGCCGGCCCUGGCUGGGAGCCUCCGUGGGGUGGCAGAGGAGGCCGCGCGUUGUAGGCCUCGCCAUGACCUGCCGCCCGCUGGUUUUUCUACUUGACCCUAAUUGCGUAGGGGUAACACAUUAGAAGAGUGAGAGCGAAAGUGGGACCUAAGUUGCAUUAAUGCAGAACCAGCACAGUGUUAUUCUGACUGACACAUGAUCUCAGCAUAAGGGAAAGAAGAUCCUUGUCAGACAGUGAAGAAGGGAAGAGGAUUUCUCCUCCUAAUCUGGGCCUCCUGUCAUGGAUGAAGAGACUCGGCACAGCAUUGAGUGCAUCCAGGCCAAUCAGAUCUUUCCCAGGAAGCAGCUGAUCCGGGAGGAUGAGAAUCUUCAGGUCCCUUUCCUUGAACUUCAUGGCGAGAGCACAGAGUAUGUGGGUCGUGCUGAAGAUGCCAUCAUUGCCCUUUCUAAUUACAGACUUCACAUCAAGUUCAAGGAGUCUCUUGUCAAUACUGCUUCUCAAUCUGCUGCUUCUGAAAUCCCAGUUCCAUUACAGCUUAUAGAAAGUGUUGAAUGCCGAGAUAUAUUUCAGCUUCACUUGACUUGCAAAGACUGCAAAGUUAUCAGGUGUCAGUUCUCAACUUUUGAACAGUGUCAAGAGUGGCUAAAGAGACUGAACAAUGCAAUCCGACCACCUGCUAAAAUAGAAGAUCUCUUCUCAUUUGCAUACCACGCUUGGUGCAUGGAGGUCUAUGCUAGUGAAAAAGAGCAACAUGGAGACCUAUGCAGACCAGGGGAGCAUGUAACGUCAAGGUUUAAAAACGAGGUGGAGAGGAUGGGUUUUGAUAUGAACAAUGCCUGGAGGAUUUCCAACAUCAAUGAGAAAUACAAGUUAUGUGGUAGCUAUCCCCAAGAGCUCAUAGUUCCUGCCUGGAUCACUGACAAAGAACUAGAAAGUGUAGCAAGCUUCAGGUCUUGGAAGCGCAUCCCGGCUGUCGUCUAUAGGCAUCAGAGCAAUGGAGCUGUCAUUGCCCGCUGUGGACAGCCGGAGGUUAGCUGGUGGGGCUGGCGAAAUGCAGACGAUGAGCACCUGGUGCAGUCAGUUGCAAAAGCUUGUGCCUCUGACUCUCGAUCGAGUGGCAGCAAGCUGUCAACUAGGAACAGUUCUCGAGACUUUGCCAGUGGGGGAGACCUUUCUGAUGUGGAGUUUGAUUCUUCUUUGUCAAAUACUUCAGGAGCAGAGAGUUUAUCUGUUCAGCCGCAGAAGCUUUUGAUCUUGGAUGCGCGCUCCUAUGCAGCAGCUGUGGCGAACCGAGCCAAAGGAGGUGGCUGCGAGUGCCCAGAAUAUUACCCGAACUGUGAAGUUGUAUUUAUGGGGAUGGCAAACAUUCAUUCUAUUCGGAGAAGUUUUCAGUCUUUACGGUUGCUAUGUACUCAGAUGCCAGAUCCAGGAAAUUGGCUCUCAGCUCUUGAGAGCACGAAAUGGCUCCAUCACCUGUCUGUGCUUCUGAAAUCAGCACUUCUAGUGGUGCAUGCUGUGGAUCGUGAUCAGCGACCGGUGCUAGUGCACUGUUCAGAUGGCUGGGACCGCACCCCUCAAAUUGUGGCAUUGGCUAAGCUUUUGCUGGACCCUUAUUACCGAACCAUAGAGGGUUUCCAGGUCCUCGUGGAGAUGGAGUGGCUGGAUUUUGGCCAUAAAUUUGCUGACCGGUGUGGUCAUGGGGAGAACUCGGAUGACCUGAAUGAGCGUUGCCCAGUGUUUCUGCAGUGGCUUGACUGUGUUCAUCAGCUUCAGAGGCAAUUUCCUUGCUCUUUUGAGUUCAAUGAAGCAUUCCUUGUGAAACUGGUGCAGCAUACCUAUUCUUGCCUCUUUGGAACAUUCCUGUGCAAUAACGCUAAGGAGAGAGGGGAAAAGCAUACACAGGAACGGACGUGCUCUGUGUGGUCACUUCUUCGAGCAGGGAACAAGGCUUUCAAAAACCUACUGUAUUCCUCUCAGUCAGAAGCCGUGCUGUACCCUGUCUGCCAUGUGCGUAACCUGAUGCUGUGGAGUGCUGUGUACCUGCCCUGCCCAUCCCCGUCCACCCCUGUGGAUGACAGCUGUGCACCAUACCCAGCCCCAGGCACCAGCCCUGAUGAUACCCCCCUUAGCCGGCUACCAAAGACUAGAUCAUUUGACAAUCUGACCACAGCCUCUGACAACACGGUGCCUCUGGCCAGCCGGCGUAGCAGCGACCCCAGCCUGAACGAGAAGUGGCAGGAGCACCGGCGCUCGCUAGAACUGAGCAGCCUGGCUGGUCCCGGAGAGGAGCCUCUUGCUGCUGACAGCCUGGGAAAGCCUACCAGAGUGCUGGCGGGUGCUGAGCUGUCUGUUGCAGCUGGAGUGGCUGAGGGGCAGAUGGAGAAUAUUUUGCAAGAAGCCACCAAAGAGGAUAGUGGAGUAGAGGAGCCUCACAGAGGGGACAGUGAGAUGCAGGAAGUCACAGAGGACACUCUCUUAACAGAAGAGAAUGGAGGGCAGACACCUGAGGGCUCAGCAAUGGGAUUUCAUCAGGACCCCGAACUGAGUGAUGCCGCUCUGAGGAAUGAACCAAGCACAGGCCUAUCUCUGUUCCCACAGUGUGCUCCUGAGCAGCAGGGUGGGUACAGUGUUCUCCCCGGUUCUCUCCAGGCCCCACCCAGGGAAGAGAAUUCCCAGGAGGUCCCUGUAGAGCAGCCUCGAACAGGAGAGACUGCAGAGGAAAGGGAGGAAACAGUCCUUCCAGUCCUAACAGAUGCAAAAGUUGGCUAUGAUACCUCUCAGUCACAUUCUCUGCUACCUUCUCAAGUCCCAUUUGAGACCAGAGGACCAAACCUGGACAGUUCCAUGGACAUGUUAAUGGAUGAUAAAGUGAAGUCAGAAAGUGGGCCCCAAGGCCACCAUAUACCUUGCCUGGUGAACAGUGGUGGGUUCAGUGGCAAGGAUGUGCUUCCCCAAACUGUGGAACCCAGGCCUUUGGAGAGGAGCCUGGUAGAGAGGCCCCAAGUGGUGGGAUCUGUGGUGCACAGGACUUCCCUUGGCAGUACCUUCAAUCCAACACGUUCCCCUCGUGCCUUGCCUUUAGCUGAAUGUAAAGAGGGACUUGUGUGCAACGGUGCCCUGGAGACUGAAAAUAAGGCCUCAGAACAGCCCCCAAGGCUUAGCACUCUCCAGAAAUACUCUGCACCCAAUGGGCACUGUGCCAGUGGGGAGGUAGCUAGGAACAAGGACUCACUGAGCUGCCAGCUGUCUGCUACAAGUUGUAGCUCAAGGAACUUGCACCACAAGUGGCUACACAGCCACUCUGGAAGACCGUCUGCAACCAGCAGCCCUGACCAGCCUUCCCGCAGCCACUUGGAUGAUGAUGGCAUGACUGUGUACACAGACAUGAUCCAGCAGCGCCUGCGUCAGAUUGAGUCAGGCCACCAGCAGGAAGUGGAAACUUUGAAGAAACAAGUUCAGGAGCUGAAGAAUCACCUGGAGAGCCAGUACCUGACCAGCUCCCUACGCUUCAAUGGGGACUUUGGUGAUGAAGUGACCUCAAUCCCCGACUCGGAAAGCAAUCUGGAUCAGAACUGUUUGUCUCGCUGCAGCACAGAGAUUUUCUCUGAAGCCAGCUGGGAACAGGUGGAUAAACAGGACACAGAGAUGACCCGUUGGCUUCCUGACCACCUGGCUGCCCACUGCUAUGCGUGUGACAGUGCCUUCUGGCUCGCCAGUAGGAAGCACCACUGCAGGGACACUGACCGUGUUGAUCAAACGUGGAAUUGUGGGAAUGUAUUCUGCUCCAGUUGUUGUAACCAGAAGGUUCCAGUUCCCAGCCAGCAGCUCUUUGAACCCAGUCGAGUGUGCAAGUCUUGCUACAGCAGCCUACAUCCCACCAGCUCCACCAUUGACCUUGAACUGGAUAAGCCCAUCGCUGCCACUUCAAACUGAAGCUCAAGUGACCUGGGGUGGGCAGAGGCCAAGAUGCUAUUCCUCUGAGAGGCCCACACUGCCUGGGCAGACUGAGAGGCCCAUGCACUUUGGAGUAGGGACAUGGAACUACCUAUACAGAGUGACAGAAAUUUGGGAUGUACCACUGGAUUGUAGAUUGAUUUUCUUUUCCUGUCCUUCAUCGCCACCCUCUACCUUUCCCAUCCUCUCUGCCUUCAGAAGAAACAAAAGUCCUCUCAUUGUCUUAAUUUGUUUUUUUAAUGGAAGACCAGAGGUUGCCAGGCCCCUUGUAACUGCCGAGCUACCUGCUAUCAGGUGAUGCUGAGAGUUGGCUUGGUUCUGGGUUGGGAGGAGGCUGGUCAGAGCCAGGAGUGAAGAUAUGAGACAAUAAGCUGGGAAGAAAGACAGUGCUAACAUUGUGACCAUUCCUCACAAUAACGGCCACAUCAGGGCUGAUUGGAAAACCUUUGCUGUUAGGGAUGCUGAAAGUGAUUGCCCCAAGAGCAUGCCGGGUGCCCCUCUCCCUCCUGAGAGAGGUUGGGCCAGCCCCACCUCACAGACAAAUAAAUGAGACUGACACUUGAAGGGAGGAGCACAGGCCUGCCUCCCUUUAGGGAAGGAAAGCAUUUGCUACUUUGAGGCCAGUGAGAGGGGCUGGGCACUAGCAUGUUAUCCCCUGUGGGAUUCUGUUUUUAACUUGACUCAGAUUGUCUGGGGCUCCCUUAAAGGGUUACCUCCCUGGACCAGGCUCUGUAGUACUUCCCACCCUCAGGCAUAAAGAAUGAAGACUAGCCAGAAUGUAAUGGCCAAGCCCAAAGCUUGCCCUGAGCCCAGGCACACCGCCUGCGUCCCCCUUCUGGGGCCUGGACCCCCACAUAAUCUCUCUUCCUCGGCCAGCAUAGGGAAAUCCAGACUCAGGGUUCCAAAAAUUCCCCAUUCCCAAAACAAACAAAUCAUGGAUCUCCCCCUUAAGGGGUAGAAUCAGCCUUUAGAGUUACAAGCCUCUGGAAAAGGGAGCAAGUCCCCAUACAAUCAGCUUCCUCCUCCUCCCUUUCUUGGAGCAGGAGGAAGGACCCAGUAGUCCUCUUUCCUGCUCCUGGCUGCCUGACUAAACAUGUGUCUGGUUGCUGGCCCGCAGUGAAGGGCCACUUGGUGACUCUGCAGGGUUCCUUAGAGAAGUGACAUGGUCUAGAGCAGAUUUGGGGCACCUUUCCUUAGUGAGUUUUGAUAUGGUCCAAAAAGAGCCUUAAAUCAAGAAUAGUUGUGGAGGAGGUGAGCAUGGAAAGGAUGGAGAGGAGCUGAGGUUUGUGCUUGGUAAUCUUGGUAUCCAUGUUUUGUGCCUGCCCUCCCUCUUGGGGAAGGGCCCUGCUUGGCUCUGUGGAAAGCUGCUAACUGGUGGCAGGGCAGAUUAUGGUGAGGGGUGGGGGUAAGGGCAGGGAACACCUAAGUUCUGACCCUGCUCUGUACUCUCCUGCCCCUUUAGAAGCAGUUCCCUGGCCAAGGGCAAGUUGCAUCUCAGGAAGGUGGCUCCUGUGUGUGCCCAAGCAUGGUUAAGGUAUGGCCCAGAAGCCUUCACUGACACUGUCAGUCCAGGCAAAGCCCAGAGCAUCUGAGCAUGUCUCUGACUUCCAGCGGCAGCAGGUUGCUCAGAGUUUGAGUUUAGGAAAACAAGGUAUAGUUCUCCACACUGUGUGGUCUGGUCAUGCAGAUCGGGAUAAGUCGGUCUAAUUGAAGAUUGUGCAGUUCUUAAAGACAGGUGCCAAGAGGUUAUGAUACGGGUUUCUUGGGUCUGAUGUACAGUGUGAAUAAAUGCUUGCAACUUUUAGCCCUUUUUUGAUCAAUGAAGCACUUUUUUAUUAAUAUUUUCCUUUGUAUGUAAAGGAGGAACCGUAACUCUCCGUAGCUGUACAUAUAACCCUUUUCUCCUAAAGAGGAGUCAGUCAUUGCUCCUAUAUUUUUCAUUUUUUGUCACAAGAAGUAAAUACUUUAGAAUUGUUAAAUAUAUAAAUAAAGCGAAUAAAGUUGAGUGUUCCGCAUGGUA